GGUAGUGGUGCAUUUACUAUUCGCCAUGAGAGAACCAGCAAGUGCCUACAAGUUAAAAACUCACGGAUAGUGACAGCAGACUGCAAAGAGACACAUGAGACCUUAUGGAAAUGGGUCUCCCGAAAUCGCCUUUUCAAUUUGGGAUCCAAACAGUGCCUUGGACUAAAUCUAGCCAAUCUUCAAUCUCCUUUGAAAAUGGUUGUUUGUAACUCCCAGCUUAUGCUUAUGCUAUGGUGGCGAUGUGCUGAUGCUUCUGUAGUUGGUGCGUCCCGGUACAAGCUGACUUUGAAGAAUGAAAUUGUUGUAACUGCAAGUAUAAAUUCAUCAGACUGCUGGAGAAGAAACAACUCUUCUGAUGAUAUCUGCCAACAGCCUUAUCGGGAGAUCUUUACCAAGGAUGGCAACUCCUAUGGAAAGCCCUGCGAGUUCCCCUUUCUUUUUAAUAAGACCUGGUAUCAUGAUUGUAUUCGGGACAAAACACAUACAGGUGGUGAAUGGUGUGCCACAUCUGACAAUUAUACUCGGGAUGGCUCCUGGGGAAUCUGCUUAAAACCAGAGGAUGGUUGUCAUGAUAUCUGGGAACAUGAUCCAGGAGCUGAAAGUUGUUACCAGUUAAACACACAGUCUGCUCUUUCUUGGAAAGAUGCUUAUAUUUCAUGCCUAGGACAAGGGGGAAAUUUAUUGAGCAUCCAAAAUGCAACUGAAUUAAGUUACAUACAAGCUAAAGAUGGCAUUGCAGAGAGAUUUUGGAUUGGUUUAAACCAGCUGGACAUUUUUGGAGGUUGGCAAUGGUCAGACCACACACCCUUGAAUUUUAUUAACUGGAAUUCAGACAUGCAAAAUUCAUCUCCUUUGGGCGGGUCAAGUUGUGUAACAAUGGAUGCUACCUUUGGUCAGUGGCAAAGUUUCCACUGUGAUACUCCACUUCCGUACAUCUGCAGGAAACCAUUCAACAAUACAAAUUCAGAAUUGCCAGCCUCUUCAGUCUCAGAUGUUUGGAAAUACAUGGAGACUCGGUGCGAUUCAGGCUGGCUCCCACACCAUGGGUUUUGCUAUAUGCUGGUAAAUAACCAGGUUUCCUGGAGUGGAGCAGAUCAGUUUUGCAAAGCAAAAAACAGUGACCUCAUCAGCAUACAUUCUUUAGCAGAAGUUGAAUUGAUUGUUACAAAGCUUCAAAAUGAAACUAAAGAGGAAAUGUGGCUGGGUCUCAUGAAUGAAGAUAUGCCAGCUUUGUUUAAAUGGUCUGAUGGAUCCAAAGUGGUUUUUACUUACUGGGAUCAGAAUGAACCAAACAUUCCUUUUAACAGCACUCCGAACUGUGUAUCAUAUUUGGGACAGUUGGGCCGGUGGAGAAUCAAAUCCUGUGAAGAGAAGCUCAAGUACGUGUGCAUGAAAAAAGGAGAGAUAUUGAAUGAAACAAAAUCUGAUAGACUUUGUUCCCUGAAAGAGGGGUGGGAGAGACAUGGAGACUACUGUUAUACCAUUCGUAACAGUGAAGUAUCAUUUGGAGCCCAGUGCAAUCUUACAGUAAUGAAUAGAUUUGAGCAAGAAUUUAUAAACAGUUUGAUUGGAAAAUAUAGUAAAGUUGAAGCAAAAUACUUCUGGAUUGGCUUACAAGAUAUCAGUCAUUCAGGAAGGUAUACCUGGGGCAAUGUAGAUGGGGAAGAAAAUGAAGCUGUGACAUAUACAAACUGGAAUUCAUUGCAACCAGCAUUUUCAGGAGGAUGUGUGGCAAUGUCAAAUGGGAAAUCCCUUGGAAAGUGGGAAACCAAGGACUGUAAAACAUUUAAAGCUUUUUCUAUUUGCAAAAAAAAUAUUGGGCCACCCAAACAGCCAAAAGUACUGCCUAAGCCAACUGAUCAGUGUCCUCCUGGAUGGCAAAAUGGAUCAGGCCUUGCCUGCUAUAAGUUCUUUCAUAGAGAGCGAGUGCUGAGAACCAGGACAUGGGAAGAGGCAGAGAGAUUCUGUGAAGCACUAGGAGGGCAUCUCCCUAGUUUUAGUCACCAUGAAGAAAUGAAGGAACUCCAUUCUAUGCUAAGAGACAUAAUCAGCAAUGAUCGAUGGGUAUGGGUUGGACUGAACAAGAGGGAUCCAGAUUCUCUAGGAACUUGGCAGUGGAGUGAUGAUAACUCCGUGACCACUGUUAUGCCACUUGAUUACCAAGAAGAUGUCUAUGAUACUAGAGACUGUGCUGCAUUAAAGACCAUUCGAAUUUCGCGUAGACAGUACUGGAGAUUUUAUCCAUAUGAAGGCAAAGAAUUGGAUUUUUACUUGAAACCUUUCCACUGUGAUGCUAAACUUGAGUGGGUUUGUCAGAUAACAAAAGGUAGCACUCCAAAGAUGCCAGAGUGGUACAUACCAGAUGCAGUUGGAAUUCAUGGACCAUCGCUGGUUAUUGAUGGAUCUGAAUAUUGGUUUGUGUUGGACAAGCACCUGAGCUACCAAGAAGCUUCUUUCUACUGUGAAAAAAAUGAUAGUGACUUAGCAUCUGUGGAAUCUUAUACAAAACUAAGGGCAGUCCUAAGUCAAAUAGAUAUGUUGGCAGGUGAAGAACAGAAAUGGUGGUUGAAAUUCAUAGAUUAUGAACAUCAUUCACCUUUACAGUUACAUCCACGUUUCUAUGGUCGAUUCUGGAGGGAUUGUUUGUAUAUUUCUAGAAGGACCUGGUAUAAAGGCUACCCAACAAACUGUCAUUUGAAACUGCCCUUCAUUUGUGAAAAAUAUAAUGCAUCCUUACUGGAGAAACAUGAUCCACAAUAUCGCCCAACAAAGGGAGGCUGUCCUGAAGACUGGAUUCAAUUUCGGAACAAGUGUUUUCUGAAGCUCAAACGUAGAUAUUUAACAUUUAAAGCUGCCAAUGAAAUGUGUGAAACUUUUGGAGGCACUCUUCCAUCAAUCACAAGCCAAGCUGACCAAGAUUUUAUAACAUCUUUGCUUCCUGAUAUGCCAAAAAACGUUUGGAUUGGUUUGCAGAUUUUGUACAGCACAAAGGAAAAUAAAUGGGUAGAUGGUAGUAAAUUGGUAUACAGCAACUUUCAUCCAUUGCUGAAAGGAAAGCAAAGGAGGAUUCCAAUUAAUUUGUUUGAUGAGGAAAUGAACAAUCAGUGUACUGUAGUACUCAAUGAUCCCAAAACGAUGCGUGUUGGAGCGUGGAAUUUCACUUCAUGUGGUGACACACACUUUUUGUGCGUAUGCCAGAAGCCAGUGGACCUAGAUCAUGCUGAAAACCUGACACUGCCAGCCCUUAAUGAAACAUUGAACUAUCAAAAUGUCCAGUACAGAAUAAUUCUGAAAAAUUUGUCCUGGUAUGAUGCAGUAAUGAAGUGCAGGGAGAAUAACAUGAUGCUGGUUAGCAUCACAGAUCAGUACCAACAGGCCUUUCUUGCUGCCCAAGCUGCCCAUUACAAUUACCCACUCUGGAUUGGACUCUCCAGCACUGACGAUGAAAAACAUUAUGACUGGUCAGAUGGAAAGCACAUUAGUUUCAGUCACUGGUCUGAACAAGAUGAAGAAACAAGUGAAGACUGUGUGUUUUUGGAUACUGAUGGGUUCUGGAAAACUUCUGAGUGUUCCUCUGAAAAACUAGGUGCUAUUUGCUACUUGCCACAAAAUGAAACUGAAAAAGAAAAAGUUGUUGAACAUAUUACAUGUCCACACAAAGUUAAAAAUACACCAUGGAUAUCAUUUAAGAACAGUUGUUACACUUUCAUGGUAACAAAUGACAGAUGGCGAGAACUGAGAUCUCAAGAAGCUCAUCAUUUAUGCAAAAAAAUGAAUCCGGAUGCAUUUGUUUUGAAUAUUAGAGAUGAGGAAGAAAACAACUUUGUUGUUGAGCAGCUUCGUUCUUUAGGUGGCCUAGCUACAUGGGUAUGGUUGGGCUUAAUUUAUGAUGAUGCUGAUAAUUUUCUGAAGUGGUAUGAUGAAACUUACCUGUCUUACCAAAACUGGAGAGAAGGCAGACCUAAUGUAAAAAAGAAUCAAUUUUUUGCUGGUAUAAAUUAUGAUGGUUUCUGGGAUAUUUACAACUACACAGCAAAUUGGCAUCCUCAGCACUUCAAUCUGCACAGUAUUCUUGCCUGUAAAAUUGAAAUGGGGCCAAGAGAGACUAAACCGCCAUUGCCUGCUUCUAUACCAUAUGGAGAUAACACAUACAAGAUCCUUCAGAAAAAAUUAACCUGGUAUGAGGCACUGAAAGAAUGCAAAAAAAAUGGGAUGGAUUUAGCCAGUGUACACAAUGAAUCCCAGCAACUGUUUCUGGAUGAUAUUGUAAAACGUGAUGGUUACCCACUGUGGCUUGGGUUGUCAAUCCAUGAUGGAAGUAAAUCUAAUUUUGAAUGGUCUGAUGGAAGUAUGUUUGACUACAAUCCCUGGGAAUUCAAAAGCUCAGCAUCUACUGGGAACUGUGUUCUGUUGGAUCUGAAAGGGUUUUGGAAUCGUACAAAGUGUACAGAUGUUGCUGAGGGUGCCAUUUGCUAUACCUCUUCAAAAAAGAGACAACUACAACUGCAGCAAACAAAAGGCUCUCCCAGAUGUCCACAGAAUACAGGAACAUAUCAGUGGCUUCAAUAUAAGGAGCACUGCUAUGCAUUUGACAUGGCAUUUUACAAUUUUUCAGUAUAUACUGCAGAAGAUGCUAAAAACGUUUGCCAAAAAUUGGAUCCAUCUGCAACACUUCUCACUAUAAAGGAUGCUGAUGAAAAUAAAUUUGUCAGCACACAGAUAAGAGAAAAUGACCUUAUCACUAAAAGUGUGUGGCUUGGAUUGUCUCAGAACUCCAAGGAUCAGUCAUUGACCUGGCUUGAUGGCUCAGCACUUAAUUAUGCCAACUGGGGAAAUGGAACUUCAGAAGUUAGUGGUAAAUGCAGUGUUAUCGUAUCCACAAAUGGAGCAUGGUCUAAAGUUGACUGCAAUAAUAGUCAAAGGAGAGUUGUAUGUAAAGCUCCUCUAGGUUCUAAUCAUGCUGGUGUGGCCAUAGCAUUUGCUCUCUUCAUAAUCAUAAUCCUAAUUGCUGGAUUAAUUUGGUAUCUCCAUAAAAAGAAACGACUUCAGUGGGGUGGCUUCUCUGCAGUACGUUAUCAAAGGGGGAUGAAUGAAGAGGAAACUGAUAACAUGUUUGCUAAAGAUGGAAAUGAUGCAAGAAACCCAGAGGAGUGCCCUUCAUCUGUCUGGAUUCCAUUUGGAAGUUACUGCUAUGCUUUUUUUCAAGGAACAUUAAACAAUGUGGAGAGUGUUGAGGAUGCCAGGGAUCUCUGUAAAGGCAAUGCUUCUGGUGCGGAUAUUAUUAGUAUAAAAAAUGAAAAGGAGAAUACGUUUAUACUGCAAACUUUCAAAACUCACUGGCAAGGCCCUGAUUACAUUUUGUUGGGCAUGAUUUUUGAUACAGAUGAUAAUUCUUUCAAGUGGUAUGAUGAGUCAGAAAUGAAUUUUACCAAGUGGACUGAGGAGAUUGAUGAAGUGCUCAUGAAUACAUGUGCUUUUAUGAACACUAAGUCGGGGAAAUGGGAAAAAAAGAGUUGUGAAGAGUUUCCUCUGACAGGGACCCUUUGUAAAACAGCCUCUGCUUAUGAAAAGAAGUAUCUACCAGGUAAAAGUGCCUUAACAACCACUGUGGUUGUAAUUUUUACUAUAGUCAUGAUAGUUUCUACAGCUGCAGUUUGGUACCUAUGCAAAAGAGGUAUUUCUUCUGCUUCUGGACCUUCAUGUACAGCACGCCAUUCAACAGCUCAAGUACCAUACAGUGAUGAAACUGUUCUUGUAGAUGCAGAAGAAAAUGAAUAUUCUGCUUAAAUUUAAAAUCACUGUAAAAUUUCAUAUUUAAAUACCAAAAAGUGACAACCUGUCAUCUGUUUCAGAUUUGUUUCAGACGUACAACUACUUAAAUAUGUGCAUAACUUUGCUCAUGUCGGUAAUGUGCUGGCUGUUGUUAGGAAAUGGAUAGAAAAGAUGAUUUAAGACGAACAUCAGAGUAUCUCAUAUGGGGCUGUCAAGCAUUCAUAUUCAUAAAGUAUACUGACUGUAUAUUGCAGUAUUUCACUGUCUGAUUUAGUGAUGUGACAUUCUGAAAGGAGUAAGCAUUUAAUUAUAUCACAGAUGUUAAAACUUCAAAUUCUGCAGUUUUCUAUAAAGAAGGUUUUU